AUGUCGAAAAGCAUUGCGCUUCCUGCGCUCACCGCAUCCAUCCCGGCGUUCUACCACUUUCUGGCUCCCAAACAGGCGGUUGCGCAGGGGCUCUUCCUGCCCGUCGGCUACGGCUAUGUGGUUUCGACCGUCGUUUCGGCGCUCUGGGUCACCUUUCUGAUGGGAGUCAAGGUGGGAAGCGCUCGCAAAGCCGCCCAGGUGCCCUACCCCUAUCUCUACGCCGAGAAGGCGGUGGCGGAAAAGAACCGCGACGCGCAUCUGUUCAACUGCGCCCAGCGUGUGCAUCAGAACACGCUCGAGAACCUGACGAGCUUCAUCUUCCUCACGCUCUUCAACGGAUUCUUCUUCCCACGCCUCACGGCUGCGUUUGCGGCGACGUGGGUGGUGUCGCGCAUCCCGUAUGCCAUCGGCUACUACUCGGGCACCCCCAGCAAGCGCGCAUUCGGCGGCAUCUUUGGCGGCCUCAGCUUCCUUGCUCUGUUGAUCCAGGCCACCUAUCGCUACGCCGCUCUGCAACCAGGCUCGAUGCUGAGUUCUGAUGCAUAUGCAGCAAAGGGGUACGGUGAACCUUGCCUGCUCCGAGUGCAAGCUGGCAUCGAGUCAAACGGGCGGGGAGAAUCACGUGAGGCAGACGGUCGAUCCGGUGCCACCGUCACCACCGAGGAAGCUCCGAGCGACUUUCCGCCCGUCAGCCCUCGUGUCGUGCUGCCGGGUCGUAAAGAAGAAGCACAGCUCCUAGUCUACUUCUUCAGACCUAGGGGCUCGCUUGCCCCCUCGCCGACGGUGCGCAGGAUCCGAUCCUGGGCCACCGCCGUCUCGCUGUAUCUCGAGGCGUUUCUGUGCCACCUGCACACGCUGCUCUACUUUUUCUUCCUGCACACGUACGAGCCGGCGUCGCGCGCAUGGUGGGACUCGUCCAAGGGCUCGGCGGUGGUCAUCUAUGCGCCGCACAACGACGCCGUCGCGCGCUACGUUGCGCUGCGCCUCUCGUCCGGCUCGCCCUCGAGUUUUGCACUCAAGGAUGUGGGGCCGACGAAGCGCAACCCGCGCGCACCGUAUACGUGCUUUGUGCUGCAUGCCGACUCGGACCAGUUCUCCAUCACCGUCGCGCAGUGGGCUGCCAAAAAGGCGCGCAUAGAAAAGGCGCUCCUCAAGCAGAAGGCGGGUCGCUCCUCCGAGAGCUCCAGCUCGCCAUCGUCGCCAACAUCGACUACGCACACGUUCGAUGCAGAGUCGUCGGCGGAUCGGUCCGAACCCUCGUCGCCAAGCCCAACGCCUUCGGCCCAGCUGGGACCGAGGGGCGACGAGACUCCGCGCGCGAGCAGGAAGUCGAGACCACCGCCGAUCCAGAUCAACCGGCGCAGGAGGAGGUCGCGCAGCUGGUCGGCGUGGGCGACGCCCGAUCUGUUCGGAUACGGCAUCGACAUGCUCAAGGGCUGGAUGCCGGGGCGUAGCGGCCCCAAGGCGACUCCUGCGGGGACGAUCAUCCCGAUCAUGGCGGAUGUGCAGACGGCCGACGGAUUGGCGAUGAUCAACUCGACCAUCUCGGCGUACUGCAACUCGCACGAUCUGCUGCUCAGCGGCGUCAUCCUGGUUCCGUCGGUGCUGUGUCCGCGCAAUGUGCCGCUCACCAAAGCCGCUCGGGCCGACAUGCCCAAGACGCCCGGGAGUGCGUACAGCGAUGUGGAUCCGUUCAGCCUGUGCAACCGCGACGUGUGGGGCGAGGUGCGUGCGUCUGCUUCGGGCUCGACCGGACGCUUGGGUGCGGGGCUGACGGGACCGCGCGAUCCGUUUGGUCUGGCACCGGCAUGGCGCGAGGCAUCGGAUCUGGGCGCAUCGAUGGACUCGUCGUCGUUCAAUGCUGCAUCGCCACCGCUCUCGCCGACGAGUGCACGCAUCGUGCGCACCCAGGACGACCACCAGGCCGCCCUCCACUCUGCACUCGCCACCGACGUUGUGCAGGCCAAGGCGCUCAUCAACGUACUCUUCCCCGCACUCAAGCGCGAUAAAGGCCGCAUCCUUGGUCUGGUCCCCAGUGGAUAUGGCCCGGAGCUGCCACACGAUCCAGAUACACUGUCGUUGCAGUCGCUACCAUCGCGCAAUGGUAGUGGUAAGGCACGGGAUCGAUCGCACUCGGGCUCGUCGUCCAGUGCCGAUCUCAUGCCCGAGCGCGAUACGAUGCCCGUGCUCAAGACGUGGCCGGGGGCGGUGGUGAAUACGGUGCGCGAGGCGCUGCGUACGCAGUACCGCGAGAUGGAGCUCGAGUACAAGCGACGCGGUGGAAGCGCCAAGCACGUGCAUGUGUCGACGAUCGAAACCAAUGCGCUGGUGCGGCUGCCGCAAACGCGACUCAAGAAGAUGGUCAAGUGGAACGAGAGCGUUCGCUUCUUCAACACGCGCAAGCGCAUGGCAUGGCGAUGGCGCGACCUCUUGCAACCCGCCCGUCUGCUUGAUCGUCUGCCCUUCAUCGCGCGCUUCGGCCGUCUUCGAGGCGAAGACAGCCACGCCUCACCUCCAGAUGGAGCGAGGUAUGGCAUCUACAUCCCUGCUGAGCUGCGCCCUUUCCUGCGCGGCUGGGUUCGACCCCUCUCGGAAGCUCGGGAUGAAGACGACAUCUACUCGACCGCUCCUGCCCUCGUCCGAUUGGUGCGUCGCUUAGUCCGCGUGCUGCGGUGGAUCGAACAAUGCUGCAUCCCCUGGGACGAUUUAGCCGAACAUGUGGCGGCAGUAAGUUACCCCAUUGCACUUGGAUCGUCGUGCCCGCCCACGCCCGGACCGUCGCAGUCGCUGUUGCAUCCGUACACGGUCUCGUCGAAUCACGCACCUUCUGCGCAUCGACAGCUCUGGUCGGGAACAAGCAAAAAGGUCGACGACGACGAAGAUGCUGCCGACUUUCCCUUUUCCACUGCCAGCUCAGGUCCGGCAGUGACCCUGCUCAAUGUAAAGGCCGAACCGGUGCGUGUGCCCCGGACGUAUCCGCGCGAACUGAGCCACCAGAAUCCAACACCCCUGUUCGAAAGCAUCAGAUCGGCCCUCACGUCGUACCAUCCCAGACGUACGUAUUAUCCCACCCUCGCCGGCUGGAUGGCUGCAGUGAUCCAUGAUGCCGCCCCGUGGGUACACGAAUGGAUCAAACCCGCCCUGGCAGCCUACCUCCUCCAAUACACUGUCGAGUCCCAGCCUUAG